AUGGCGGGGAUGCUAGGGUUUACGAAGGACGACGGCCACGAAGUCAAAGACAACGGGGAAGAGGACGAAGACGAUAACCAGGCCCAGAACCGAGCCAAUUUCCAAGAAACUGGGCUUCCCCGUAAAGGCUUCAGCGUUCCGGUUCAAGUCGCCGUUGACCGGAAUCUUCCCGGCCCCGUUCUCGUUCCUUGUCGUUCCGGCGACGGUGGUGUCCAGGGUCUAAGAUGGCGUGCAAAGCGACUCAGGAUAGAUGAGGAUGGAGAUGUAGCAGACGAGUUUCUUGAUGAGGUUUUUCCACAGAUUUCAGUUAGUACAGAAAAUAAUAAGGCAUUGGCAAGGUUUGAAGUGAAAUACAGUACCAAGCCAGCUAAAGUGAGGACUCAGGUCUUAUCGCCGGACGGGAAAAUCCAACAGCGUGUGGAAUACCGGGGUAGAUCACAGUGGAUAUGA